AUGGACGACGACGACGACGCAUGGUCUUAUUCCUACCCACCCUCUACCGAUUUGCUUCCUCUUCAGACCACUGGAUCCUGUGAUGACGGUGCCUUCAACGAUUCGCUUAGAGGUAGCCAUGAGGGUUCUUCGUUACGAUCACCAGCAAGACUCUCCUCUGACCUUCUGAAACCUCCUAAGUUGGAUAAUGCUACGUUUCGCUCCAUCUCAUCUAGUCUGCCUGGACCUUCUGCACUGUCCUUGGGAAACAAGAGCUCGGGAGGGUUCAUGCCAAAAGCCGUGCCUGCCGAUCCACACACUACAAAAAGAGACGCCAGCUCCAUCAUGUCGAAGGAGGGAUCAACAAACGCAUUGGCUUCAAACGGAAAGGACGGCUCUGCUUCGCCGCCUUCCACGCCCAAGACAGACCUCAGCAACUCCAUUAGGAUAUGGCAGAAGCAACAAGAGCAGGACUCUCAAAACACACAGCUAAGCGAGAUGGCUGCUGCUGCAGCGGCAGAGGAAAACAAUGACGUGGCCGUGUCGCCAAAAAUCAUUGCCUACAGAAAAACCCAUAAAAAAACCUGGAGUGAAGGGAAUGGGCCUGCGUUUUUAGAACAACAAAAUGAGCUCGAGGAAGAGAAGUUUGACUGGAAGUUAUAUGUGGCUGAGAAGUUCAAAGGCACCCAGUAUAGGUAUGCCACCAUGCGGCGAAAUGUCGAUUUUCACACACUAUUCAGAUCUAUUGAUCUUACUGAUAGGCUCUUGGACGAUUUUGCCUGUGCCCUCAGCAGGGAAAUAUUGCUACAAGGACGGUUGUAUGUCACUGAGCGGUUCAUUUGUUUUAAUUCGAAUCUUCUAGGCUGGGUGACUAGUCUAACAGUGCCUUUUGAAGAUAUCAAACGAAUAGAUAAAAAGUCCACUGCUGGUUUAUUCCCCAACGGUAUUUCUAUCGAAACAAAUGAUGCAAAACAUAGUUUUGCCAGUUUUCUUUCAAGAGAUUCUGUCUACGAGUUUCUACGCACUGUUUGGCAGGCGUCAACGGGAAAACCCUUGUCCGAAUUGAAUUCCUCGCCACCAUUGCCCCUCAGCCUGACAAAAAGCCGCCCUUCGUCAAGCGCAGAGGGAAAUAUAUCAUCGUAUAUUAAUUCCAUUGACGGAGAUGACGGGCCUGACGUGAAGAUAACUGGUCCAGUCUUGCCAGGCGAGCAGACAAGUACUGAGGAGGAGAGCACCGAUGAAAGCGAUUACAGUAACUCGGAUGCUGAGUUGGAGUCACCACAAACCGAGGCAAGUCCAGUAUCUAAAUCUUUGCAGGACCCUGCGAUAGUACUAACUCAAAUACGAAGAUUGAAGCCGGAGAGCAUGUACAAAAACAUGGGUCCUGAAACCCAUAUUCCAACGAGGGUUAGUAAGAGCUUUGAGGAUGACGACAAAAUGAAUGAAAUUAUGACCGCCACAAUAUCGGCGCCUAUGGGAACGGUGUUUGACAUCUUAUUCGGGGGUGAAAACACCAGCUUUCAUUCUCAUUUUCUAGAAACGCAUAAUGCUUCAGAAUUGUCUCCUUACAAUGAUUAUCAUCCAAUGGAGGAGGAUCCAACUAGGCUCGAGAGAAAAUACACUUAUAAAAGGGCCCUUGGAUAUUCGAUAGGUCCCAAAUCUACAAAUUGUGUUGUGAGUGAGAUCAUUGAACAUCUAAAUUUUGCAGACUACGUUGUCUUACUAUCGAUUACGUCAACGCCGGAUGUUCCAUCUGGUGGUGCAUUCACGGUGCGUACUAGAUACUACUUUACUUGGGGAGAAGCCAACACAACAACAAUAAAGAUUGCCUAUUUUGUCAAAUGGACAGGCUCAUCUUGGAUCAAGAAGAUGGUGGAGAAUCUGACACAAACAGCACAAGCAGAAGCUGCAAAAGAUUUGAUAGAGAGCUUAAAUAAAGAGAUAGCUGACCACACAUUUCCAGCUUCUGGUCCACCGGCACUUAAGGCCGACUUCGAAGCUGCCAAGGCAGAGCAAGAAGAAAUACCGUCGUCAAAAACAGAGAAACAAAAGAAGAGGAAAGAGAAGGCAACUGCUGGUAUAUUCUCUUCGCAAAGCACAAUUGGAGCGAUCUGUAUCUUGGGAAGCUUAUUCAUGUCUCUCCUUCUUGCUAUACAGGUGAGGAUGAUGGCAGAAAUGCUGGAGAAUAAGACCUUGAUGCAGAAGCAACUUGCGAUAACGACAACACUUCUUGGAGUUCUUCAACUACAGAACAAAAAGGAGGCUCCGAAUUCAUCAAGCGAUGAUAUAUUUUGGGCUAAUGUGGAUGCACAGGAGGGCAGGACCCUCAGUAAAAACGAGCGGGCAUCAUACCUUGUAAAGCAAGCACUUCUACUUCUUGAAGAUGACGAUAAGAACAGUGUCUCGCAGUCAUUGAUGGGUCUUCUUUAA